CUCUGUUCUUCAACCUGUUCUAUCUCAAAUAUUCACCAUAGAAAUGGCGGCACUUGAGGCUACACUCUCCCUCCUCCUGCGCCAUCCUUCUUCUUCCUCUAAAUUCCUCUCAUCUCCCAAUCUACCAAGACAAUUCAUAAAUCUACGCAGUUCAAAUUCUACCCUUUUCCUUUCCCAAAAUCUUCCUGUAUCUCCUCUCACCCACAGACACCCAACAACUCGAAAGCUUUCCUUUGAACUUGGUUCUACCUUACAAGAGAUAACAGAAGAGAGAAAACCACAGGAAACCCAGGAAGCAACCCAAAAGAGAAAACUAUAUAUUGUCAAUCUGCCUUGGUCUCUCACUGUUGCUGAUAUCAAAAACCUCUUUGGCCAAUGUGGGACUGUAACAGAUGUUGAGAUUAUAAAGCAAAAAAAUGGGAGGAGUAGGGGCUUUGCGUUUGUGACCAUGGCCUCUGGGGAAGAAGCUCAGGCUGUUGUUGAUAAAUUUGACUCUCAUGAAUUGUCAGGGAGGAUCAUUAGGGUUGAAUUUGCAAAGAGGUUCAAGAAAUCUCCUCCACCCCGUCCAGGCACUCCUGCUAGGGAGACCCGACAUAAGCUUUAUGUUUCCAAUCUUGCUUGGAAAGUUAGAUCAAGUCAUCUUAAAGAAUUUUUCUCUGCAAAUUCCAACCCAGUUUCAAGUAGAGUUGUCUUCGAUAGCCCUUCUGGAAGAUCUGCUGGGUAUGGGUUUGUCUCAUUUGCCACAAAGGAGGAAGCUGCUGCUGCAAUAUCUGCUUUUGAUGGAAAGGAAUUAAUGGGUCGACCACUUCGACUAAAAUUCAGUGAGAGAGAGGCCGAUGAAUCUGGAAGCAUAAAGCAAGAGCAAGAAACUAUUGAAGAUCAACCUGGAGAGUAAUAUAUACCCAUCAUUUGGCAACCAUACUUCUGAUUUGCUGAUGGAACGUACAAAUACAGCAGCAGAAGAAAUUUUUAUCAAACCAAAGCAUGGAGCGAUGUAAGGUGUUUUCUGUAGUCUAGUCAGCUUAUUUUUGCAUGCUCUUGUGUUUUCUUAUCAUUCCAAGAAUUUGUUUGUGCUAUAAUCUACAUUGUUUCCUCUUCUUUCACCAAAUUUGCGUAGUAGAUGUUGAUAUUAUCAUACCUAUAUCAGUAUUGUGUAUAAGUUGUUGAUAUUAUUAUACCUAUUCAACUAAACUUUUACAAUAUUAUCAAUCUAAUAAUUUUUAACUGUGCA